AUGGUGAAGAUCGGCAAGAGAUCAAACCGAGGAUGGUGGUGGGAUCACUUCGUGGAGCACCCAGGUUAUGCGCGCAGAGAAGGAGAAGACAUUGCUAACAGUCCCCAGGGUGUUUCAGUCGAUCCAAUUGAUAUAUGGACAGGACUGUCACAUCCCGGUUCAGCACUCCCCGUUGGUGCUGCCAGUGCCAGUGGUUCAUUCUCCCGCAUUGCUAUCAAUGACUUACUCGACUAUUCUUGUGCGGAGGAAUGGUUGGGAUCUUUUUAUAAAGUCGCUAUUCGAGGUUUAGAUGCUGAGCUUGAGUUGUGCGAGCUUCUUGACUUAGAUGCAGAGGGAAUUGAUGAUCCAGACUUUCCUCAAGUUGAUGAUGUUCUUGACGAGUAG